AAUACCUACCGAUAGAUAAGUAAUUAAAUUUAGUGAUAACAUUUCAACCAAAAAACAGGAUGCAAGCAGUAUUUUGGCGGUUUUCUUCGGUGUUAUUAAAUAACUUUUAUUGUCAUCACAGUUUGUUAUUAAGAAACAGAAAAAUGACUCAAAGGACGUUAAUGGCUUAUUUUGGCCCCAUGAAUGGAUCUAAAAAAGAAAAAGAUCCUCCAAUUUUAUCAGUUGGUACAAGUACAACUUUGACAUCUCCAGAAGAUCUAGAAGUUGUGCACACCAGUCCAAUUAAGACUUACGGGAAAAGAAAAAAGCAUGCUGUAUUAUUUAGUGACAGCGAAGAAGAAACAUCUGAUAGUAAAAAAAAAUGUGUACAAAAUACACUUUCAAAUAAACCAAAUGCUGAGAAAUCUAUUGAAAAACUGUCUCCUUCAAAAGAUAUCAAUAAAUCAAUUAUAAAUGAUGAUCAAAUAUCUGACAGUAAACCAACAAAAAUAAAUGACCAUUCUAUAAAAGAUAGUAUACAAGACCAAACCCAAAUUAAUACAAAAUGUGAAGAAGAUUCAUUAUCAAGCGUUCAAUUUGAACUAACCAAUACUGAGACUAAUAAUACUGAUAUUGAAAAUAAAGUUACUAAUAAACUAAAUACUGACAAUAAAGCAAAAAAUCAAGUUAAUAAAAAAACAAAAAAGUCAAGUAAAAAAGAAUCUUUUGAAAAAUCAAGUGAAGAAGAAUCUCCUAUAAAAGAUGAUAAUGAUGAAUCUUCAAAGCAUACCAAAAUUUCUGAAAGUGAAUAUGAUCCAACAAAAAAAAAUUACCAUCCUAUAAGAGAUGCUUUUUGGGAUCAUAACCAACCGACUCCAUAUAGUGCACUAACAAAAACUUUAUUAUGCAUUGAAGAGGUUAGUGCUAGAUUGAAAAUUAUUGAAAUACUUUCAAAUUAUUUCCGUUCGGUGAUAGUGCUUAGUCCAAACGAUUUAUUGUCAAGUGUGUACUUGUGUUUAAAUAAAGUUUGUCCCGAUUAUAUUGGUUUGGAAUUAGGUAUUGCUGAGACUACACUUUUAAAGGCUAUAGUUCAAACAACAGGAAGGAGCAUGGCACAAGUAAAAUCUGAUGUUAAAAAAACUGGUGACUUAGGAAUUGUUGCAGAAAAAAGUAAAAGUAAUCAAAAAACAAUGUUUAAGCCUGCUCGAUUAACUGUAAAAAGUGUCUUUGAUAAAUUAAAAGAUAUCUCAGAAAUGACUGGUCAAGCGGUCACUGUUAAAAAACUUGAUAAAAUUCAAUCAAUGUUUAUUGCAUGCCAAGAUUCUGAAGCUAGAUUUUUGAUGCGAUCAUUAGCUGGUAAAUUAAGAAUAGGACUUGCUGAACAAUCAGUUCUACAGGCUCUUGGUUUAGCUUGCACAAUGACACCACCACCUCAAGAUUUUCCACCUGAACUACUUAAUGCAGCUAAAAAGAUGUCUGAAGAAAAAUUUAAGAAAAUUUAUGAUGCAAAUACUUUAAUAAUAAAAACAACUUAUUGUGAAAGCCCAAAUCUAGAUGUAAUAAUACCUAUUAUCUUAAAAGUGGGUGUUAGUGCCUUACCAGAAAAUUGUAAGUUAACUCCUGGUAUACCUUUAAAACCAAUGUUAGCACAUCCAACUAAAGGUGUACAUGAAGUGCUAAGUAGAUUUGAUGGAUUGAAGUUUACAUGUGAAUGGAAAUAUGAUGGAGAAAGAGCUCAGAUUCAUUUGACAGAAGAUGGAAAUAUUUGUAUUUACAGUCGUAAUCAAGAAAACAAUACUAGUAAAUAUCCAGACAUUAUUAAUCGUUUAGAUUCGGUCAAAGGUCCUAAUGUUAAGUCUUUUGUGAUGGAUUCUGAAGCUGUUGCAUGGGAUAGAGAAAAUAAAAAAAUUAUGCCAUUCCAAAUAUUGAGUACUCGAAAACGAAAGAAUGCCAAUGAAGCAGAUAUUAAAGUACAAGUAUGUGUAUAUAUGUUUGAUUUACUAUACCUCAAUGGAGAAUCUUUAGUUAAAAAACCUUUCUGUGAACGCCGUCAAUUAUUAAGAGAAAACUUUAUUGAAGUAGAAGAACAAUUUUUGUUAGCUACUUCUUUAGAUACAACCAAAAUAGAGGAAGUUCAAGAUUUUCUUGAAGAAUCUAUAAAAGGAAAUUGUGAAGGCUUGAUGGUUAAAACAUUAGAAGAAGAAGCUACCUAUGAAAUAGCCAAACGUUCACGCAAUUGGUUAAAAUUAAAAAAAGAUUAUUUGGAUGGUGUUGGUGAUACUAUAGAUGUAGUAGUUUUAGGAGGCUAUCUAGGUCGUGGAAAACGUACUGGUACUUAUGGUGGUUUCUUAUUAGCUUGUUAUGAUCCAGAUAGUGAAGAGUAUCAGAGUAUUUGUAAAAUUGGAACAGGUUUUAGUGAUGAAGAUUUACAAACACAUACAGAAUUUUUCCAACAACAUAUUAUUGAGGGACCUAAAAGUUAUUACCGCUUUGAUCAAAGCCAUGAGCCAGAUCAUUGGUUUGAGACAGUCCAAGUAUGGGAAAUAAAAUGUGCUGAUUUGUCUUUAUCUCCAGUUCAUAGAGCAGCAAUAGGUAUUGUGGAUCCUGAAAAAGGAAUUUCGUUAAGAUUUCCAAGGUUUCUACGAAUACGAGAAGACAAAUCAAUUGAACAAUCUACUUCAGCUCAACAGAUUGCUGAAUUAUAUUAUAGUCAGGUGCAAAUUAUAAAUCAAGGAAGUACAAAUACAAAUAGAGAAGAUUUUUAUUAGUUUAGAUAUUACUUCAUAUAUGUUCAUUUUACAUUCAAUUUUUAAUAUAUUUAUAUAUUUUUUUUUAACAUGUAUAUAUGACUUCUAAAUAUGUAUGUUAAAAAUAAUAAUUAUACAUAAUUAUUUUUUCAAUUCA